CUGAAUCAUUGAAACGAAGAGCUGCUCAACCGAUUGGCCGGCGCUGGUGCUGAUUGGCUGCUGUGCGGGCUCGCGCGUGUUUUACGGUAGCGCGCUCAGGUGAGGCGCAGGUGAUUGAGAGAUGCAGCACAUCAUCAGAGACACUGACGGACACAGCACACAUAUGAGCACUGACUGACAGACUGGACGCAGUGGAGGUAUCUGAAGCCACAGGUGCAUUAUGAAGGAGAACAGGUCCUUGUGUCAGGUGGAGCAGCUGCCCUGUGCAUGUCUGCUAGACUGCCACCGACAGACCCACACCCGCAGCGCCGCAGGGGCCCCCAUCCGACACAGAGCCAACGGGGCAGUGGGGGCCUUGUGCAACAGUCCCAACUGUGUGGUGGCCGCCAGGCUGGAGGGCUCUGAGCAGGGACAGCAUGGGACCGGCAGGGUGCUGGUCACCGGAGGAGCCGGAUACUUCGGAUUCAGACUGGGCCGCGCUCUGGCAGGCCAAGGGGCCACAGUCUUUCUGCUGGACCUCCAUAAGCCGCCUUGGGAUAUCCCUGAUGGAGCCGUCUUCCAGCAGGUAAAUAUAUCUGUGUGUGUUUUACUUCAAAUUGAUAUCCGGGAUUAUGAUGCCCUGUAUAAGAUCUGUGCGGGAGUGGACGUUAUUUAUCACACUGCUUCCUACGGGAUGUCCGGACCUGAACAGUUGAGGAGAAAGCAGAUUGAAUCAGUCAAUGUUGGCGGCACGAAUAAUGUCAUAAACGUCUGUACGGAGCGAGGCAUCUCUAAACUCAUCUACACCAGCACAGUCAAUGUGGCGUUCGCUGGCCGGCCCAUCGAGGAUGGAGAUGAAGACUCAGUUCCCUGCGUGCCGCUGGAUUCGCACAUAGACCAUUACUCCAGAACUAAAGCUAUCGCUGAACGCAUGGUGCUCGCUGCCGAUGGAAGAUCAACAAAAGAUGGUGGUCUUUUACACACAUGUGUCCUGCGCCCUUCUGGUAUCUACGGUCCUGGAGAGAGAAGACAUUUACACAGGGUGAUGGUGAAUGUGGAGAGGAGGUUGUUCAGCUUUUGUUUUGGGGACCAUAAUGCCAAGAUGAACUGGGUACAUGUGGAUAAUUUGGUGAUGGCUCAUGUUUUAGCAGCAGAUGCACUGACUGCAGAUAAAGCCUUUGUGGCGAGUGGACAGGUCUACUUUAUCAAUGAUGGGGAGUCUGCCAAUGUCUUUGAAUGGUUGACACCUCUUUUUGAAAGACUAGGUUAUGGUCAGCCACUGAUUCACCUUCCUGUGUCUCUGGUCUACUCAGCAGCAAUUCUGAUGGAGCGACUGCAUUUGGCUCUGAGUCCUAUAAUGGAAAUUCCAUUACUUCUGACAAGAAAUGAGGUGAGAAACAUUGCUGUCAGUCACACCUUUAAAAUCGAGAAGGCACAGCGAGAACUGGGCUUCAGUCCUAAGAAGUACAGCCUGACCGACUCGGUGGAUCAGUACCUGCGGAGCAGACCGCCACGUUCAGCUGCGUCAAUGUUGAACACACGACAUCACUUCCUGCUGCUCCUGCUGCUCCUGAUGGGAUUCAUCGCUCUCGUGAUCUGCUCUGCAGGACGGGAAUAAUAAUAAGCCUUAAUGUUUCAGUCUCAGUUCCAAGAGAAAUCCCUUGUAGGGUUUGAACUAGCUCUGGUCGGUAUAGUGAAUUCAAAAUGAUCAUGACAGGUCUACUGUGCUUUUUAUUUUGCCAUUAAAUUUCAUAAAGACUAUCAUUUAACUAAUUUUAAUGCUUAUUUGUCUCUGCUUAAAAGCAUUUGUUCACCCAAUUAAUUACUCACUCUUAUGUUGUUUCAAACCCAUCUUUGGUUAAUCUUCCAAACACAAAUUAAGAUAUUUUAAAUGAAUGCUGAGCAUUUUCUGUCCCUCCAUUUAAGUCCAGGUAACCAAAAUUGAGAAGAUCCAAAAAGGUCUUGUGAAGAGAUCCAAUCUUUUUUUUUUAUUUUUUUAUGAUGAUCAAGAUUUAAUUUUGCCGUUUAAUUGCAUAGUAACAUACAGUAAACACGGAGGUUUAAAUGUGUGUGUGUGUGUGUGUGUGUGAUUCACAAG